AUGCUCUCCUCCCUCGUCCCCUCGCCCUCCCUCGACCUCUCCUCGCCCACAAAGAACAGGCCAAAUAAACAGAAGACGCGUACGCUCUCCAAUGGAACACUUCUAAACACCGACCCAAGCCCUGCACUCACGCGCACUGCCGUCUCGCUCGAAUAUGCCUCCCUGCGCCACACCGGACACUGCCCAUUAGGCAUGUAUGUAACCCCGUCCCCCGACAACCUCAUGGUCUGGGACGCUGUCUUCUUCGUCCAUCAGGGAUACUACACCGACUCCAUCUUAAAGUUCAGGCUCACAUUCCCGCCUGACUACCCGGAGCGCCCGCCGACCGUGCAGUUCCUCACCGACGUCUUCCACCCGCUCAUCUCGCAGCAGGACGGCACGUUCAACCUCGCGCCACGCUUCCGCCCGUGGAGGCCGAAGGAGCACCAUGUCUUCGACGUGCUGCACUGGGUGAAGGCCGCGUUCAAGAAGCACGCGCUUGACGACAUCAAGGACUCGGACUGCUUCAACAAGGAGGCAUACAGGCUAUACCACGACACCACAUCCUCCUUCGCCGCGCUCGCGACGCAGUCCUCCAUGCUCUCCCAGUCCGCGUCCGCCCUCUUCGACCGAGACCACCCGUCCAUGGCCGGCAAGGGCACGCACAGCAUGCAGUUCCGCGAGCUCCGCGCCGAGCAGCUCGCCUCCCUCCGCGCAAAGCUCGGCCUGCACGACUGGGAGGACGUCGUGCCCGAGGCGUGAAUAUUUGAAUGUUGGGGAGUGUGGAGGUAGAUACCCGUUUUGUAUGUACGGCACAUCUGUAUACGCACUCGUUGGACUCGG